UCUCCUCUUCUCCGAUCACCAAAUUCUCCAUCCAUCCGCCGGAAGCGAGGUAGAACUGUAGAAGCGACAAGGAAGGCGAAGCGCGAUGAUCUACCGCAACUGGUCCCUGCUCUCCUCGACGGUGGUCAUCUGGGGCAGCGUCGGCACCGCUGCCCUCGCCGGGAUCUUCCUCUUCGGCGGCAAGGAGAAAUUUGAGGGCUAUCUUAGCCGCGAAGGCCAGAGGCUGAGGCAGCAGGACAGAGCCGCGAUGGGCAAGAACUAGUGAAAAAGCUAGGUUAACUUGGUUUCGACGGAGACAACUUGCCAUCAUGUGAAUUAAACUUGGAAUCUGCCCCUCCGUGCUAGAGCAAAUUUUUUCUCUGCGAAAGCGAUUUCUUCAAUGGCUUUUGCUUCCCGAGGAACAAAAGAACUACAUCUUGUGUAAUAAUAAAUCCUGGUGCUCAUGCCUGCUAUAACUUUGGUUCCUGUUUCUGUUCAUCAAAGACUCUAGUCUUUCUGUCAAAUCAUCCUGUCUUGACAUGGUUACACACAACUUGUUUUGAUUCUGUGAAUAAAGGUCGAUGCAUUUGACAACACA